ACUCUGAAAUGGCUACAUCUUAAUGAGCCCACUUGGCUCAGUCCCUGGGGUUUGUCAGCUGUCCUUGGAGGGCAUAACCUGGUGUGAAGUGGCUGAGGCAGACUGUGAAGAUCCUGGCACAUAAAGGCUGUUGAUGACCACACUUGCCCCAACCAGGCAGAGUUGUACAGAUGUUCUGUGCUGCAUCAUCUUCAUACUGUUCAUCAUUGCCUACAUUCUUUUAGGACUUGUGGCCUGGGUACAUGGAGACCCCAGGAGAGUGGCCUACCCUACAGACAGCAAGGGCCACUUUUGUGGCCAGAAGGGCACCCCCAAUGAGAACAAGACCAUUUUGUUUUACUUUAACUUGUUCAGCUGUACCAGUCCCUCUGUGGUGGUAAACCUACAGUGCCCUACCACACAGAUCUGUGUCUCCAAGUGCCCAGAAAAAUUUUUAACUUACAUGGAAAUACAGUUUAGGUACAGAACAAACAAACACUAUUGGAUGUACUACAGCCAGUUCUGCAAAUCCCCUUUUGUUAAGCCUGCAAAGACUGUCACACAAGUCUUACUGGAUGAUGAUUGUCCAAUAGCAAUUUUUCCAAGCAAACCAUUUCUCCAGAGAUGUUUCCCUGACUUCACUACUAAAAAUGGCACUUUGACAGUAGGAAAUAAGACAAUAUUUGAAGAUGGAAGUGGAAAGACCAGAAAUGCUGUAGAACUCAGGACAGCUGCAAAUCGUGUCAAUAAAAUCCUUGAUGCAAGGGCAAUUGGAAUGAAAGUAUUUGAAGACUAUGCAACAACUUGGUAUUGGAUUCUCAUUGGCCUGACUAUCGCCAUGCUCCUUAGUUGGUUGUUUGUGAUACUCCUGAGGUUCACAGCUGGAUUCCUCUUCUGGGUCUUCAUGGUGGGUGUGAUUGGAAUUAUAGGUUACGGAAUAUGGCACUGUUACCAGGAACAUAGCAAUCUUCAGGGACGGCCAAAUUCUCACUUAACUAUAUAUGACAUCGGGUUUCAGACUGAUAUAAGCAUGUACUUCCAACUGAAACAAACAUGGUUUGCAUUUAUGAUAAUACUCUGCCUUCUUGAAGCGUUUAUCAUCCUCAUGCUGAUCUUCCUCAGGGAACGAAUCCGCAUCUCCAUUGCCUUGCUGAAGGAAGGGAGCAAAGCCAUUGGAUACCUCCCUACUACAUUAAUUUAUCCAGUUUUAACUUUCAUUUUCCUCUCCAUCUGUAUUGCCUACUGGGCAGUGACAGCAAUUUACUUGGCUACAUCGGGGGUACCUAUAUACAAAGUCAUAUCCCCAGAAAGGACAUGUAAACAUGAAAAUACAACCUGUAACCCAGAGAUUUUUAAUACAACUGAAAUUGCCAGAGUUUGCCCUGGGGCUCAAUGUAACUUUGCUUUCUAUGGUGGAAAGAGCCUAUACCAUCAGUAUGUCCCUACCUUCCAGAUGUUCAAUCUAUUUGUCUUUCUCUGGCUUAUAAACUUUGUCAUUGCACUGGGUCAGUGUGCCCUUGCUGGUGCCUUUGCUUCUUAUUACUGGGCCUUGAAAAAACCUGAUGACAUCCCACAGUAUCCAGUUUUUACUGCAUUUGGACGAGCCAUACGAUAUCACACAGGAUCCCUAGCAUUUGGAUCUUUAAUUCUUGCAUUAAUUCAAAUGUUUAAAUUAGUCCUAGAAUACUUGGACCACCGUCUUAAAGAGGCCCAGAACAACAUUUCUAAAUUUCUACAAUGCUGCCUGAAAUGCUGUUUCUGGUGUUUGGAAAAAGUGGUAAAGUUUUUUAACAGAAAUGCCUAUGUUAUGAUUGCAAUAUAUGGCAAAAACUUCUGCAGGUCAGCAAGAGAUGCUUUCAAUCUGCUGAUGAGAAAUGUUUUAAAAGUUGCAGUUAUGGAUAAAGUUACAGACUUUGUACUAAUCCUGGGGAAAAUUCUAGUUGCUGGAUGUAUAGGUGUGCUGGCCUUCUUACUCUUCACACAGAGAUUGCCAACGAUGAUAGAAGGACCAACAUCUUUAAAUUACUACUGGGUACCUUUGCUGACAGUCAUUAUUGGAUCUUACCUAGUUGCACAUGGGUUCUUCAGCGUCUAUGCAAUGUGUAUUGAUACAAUUUUCAUCUGCUUCUUGGAAGAUAUAGAAAGAAACGAUGGUUCUGCUGAAAGGCCCUAUUACAUGAGUCAGUCUCUGCUGAAGAUUCUGAACGAGCCAAGUAUGCAAACUAAGAAGCAUUAGAAGUGCAAACUGUGGUCAUCCUGCAGCGGUGUUACCUAAUCUUCAUCUGCUGUGUCUACACAACACUAGUUUCAUAAGUGCUUUGUGUUUGGAACACUGUAUUCACCACCCUGUUGGCUUUUAUUUGCAUGUUUAAUACCAAAGCUUAUACUGUAAUAUGUGAAGCCAUCAGAAGUUGCAAGGGAAUUGUUAAUAACAUGGUACAUUUUUAUACUAAGAUCUUUUGUUUUGUAAUUCAUUUUUAAAUAUAGUGGCUUGGAUGUUUUGAAAACACUAGUGAAUAUGUUCAUAUUCUUUUAAAUAUUACAUUGAAAAAUGAAACGCUAUUUAAAUCGAUAGCUCCUAAUAUAUUUUUUAAAUUACAACUAAAAGACUUCUGCAGGGAAAAUUGGUCAACAAAGUGAAAUAGAAAAUUUUAAAGUUUUCCCUGCUCCUGUUUGACAGUAAAUUGGUAAAAGGACUGCCUGCUCCAGAUUUUGCUCUCUUUGAGUAUAGAAUGUUUCCUAUUAAACAAAUUGCCAAUCAUCCAGCCUUUACUACUUAGUCCUCUCUGACAAAGUGCCUUACUGGCUGUUUAAUAUUACCCAGAUUUUGUGGGCAAAUUUAUAAACAUUGUUUAAAAAAAAAAAAAAAACCUGCAAUGUUUAGUGAUUGAAACAAGUCUUCUUGAAUUUGUUUUCCUCUUAGCUCACUGGUUGGAAACCACUUGUCAUUUCAGUAUGUUUGAUAUCCUCACUAUAUAGAGUAGUUUUGCAGCAUAAACAAUUUCCCUUGCGCCUAGUGGACAUUCAUGAAUGUGUACUACACGCAAGAAAAAAAAAAGUGAAAGGAUGCUUGUUUUUUUUGUUUGUUUGUUUGUUUUUUUACUAAAAGUGAGAAGUUUAAAAAUCUAAUCUUUUUUAUGGUAGAUCAUUUCUCAGUGUUUUACAGAGUUUGGAAAGGAACACUUUGAGAAAUUACAAAGGGAAAUUUUACCCCUGGAAAGGGUGCUCACAGGUGUCAUGUACUGAAUCGCUGUUUUAAAUGAUUAUUAUCAUUAAGAAGUGUUUUAUGUGUGUUAUUUCCUUUUUUAACUUUUGAUAUGAAAUAAUCAGUUUGUUUAUAAUAACUUUUAUUGUGCUAAUAUAAACAGGAACAUAAUUUCUAAUUCACUUUUAAGUAAUUUUACUAGUAUUACUAACUUUAAAGAAAAUGAAUUCAGUUUGUUACUCAGUGUUAAAGUAUUCACCCCAAUGGAAUGUCAGUCAGAUAUGAUAAUUUGUGAAAGCUUUGAGAAUCAACAGUAAGUUAUCAGCUUAUCUAUGAUCACAUUUAUUUAAAUGUGACUUUAGAUAUUCUUUUAUGCCAAAAACAAACUCACAUGAGCACAUGACAGUCUGAGCUCUAUAAUCAGUGUGCUUCUGCUGUGCAGAAAUAUUAGGAACAUAUUGUCUAAAUAUCUUUGAUAACUAAAAUGUUUAAUAUUUAAUGAAAUUUGUUGUUACUCAUCAUUUUAAA